AUGAGAACAUAUUUGGUGAUCAUUUUAUUUGUUAUCGCUAAAGUUGAAUUGGACAUCGCAAGGGAAUUUGAAAUAUGUGAGCUUGUUGACGAACUUCACAACAAGUAUAAUGUGCCACGGGAUGAAGUUUAUGAGCAUCUGUGUAUUGUCUGUGAUUCUGAUACAUAUGAGCUUGAUGACGAACAUUACAAAAAGACGGGGUAUAAAAUUUAUAAGCGUAUGUGCAUAAGCAAGGAGUUGACUGAACCAACUAGCCGUUACGGUCCUUUUGGAAUUUUUAAAAUAGCAAUUUGGUGGUGUGGAGAAAAUGGGAUCGGUAUCUGCAAUGUUCCGUGUGAAGAUUUCGUUGAUGAUGACAUUGCUGACGAUGUCGAAUGUGCUGCUCUAUUAUUGCAACAACAAGGGAUUGGUGCAUGGAAGUUAACAGAUCGAAAUUGUGAAGGUUAUAAGGAAGAAGUUUACACUUGCUUAGAAAGUGGUAAAGAAACAUCUAAAAGUUUUGGUAAUUCUUACGAUUAUGAUGAAUAUGGCGAUUUUAUGAAUCACACUCAUUAUGCAAGUUCGGCAGUAGCAACAACAAAUUCUUUCUUAGGCACACAUUUUACUAUUCUUUCAUUUGCAUUAUUUUUUUACAUUAANUAA